UGCUACUCAACAAAACGAAACAUAAAUAUAGUAAAAUAAGAGUAGGUAUUCGAUAAAAUGCCUUUAAUUAUAAUUUGUGGCACACCAGUAAGCGGAAAAACGACAAGAGCGAAAGAAUUAAAACAGUUUUUUGAGGAAAAGCACGGGAAAACCGUGGAAAUCGUUUCUGAAGACGAGGCCAUUGCAAAAUUAGGUUAUGAAAAAAAUUCAAUGUUUCUCGACUCCCAGAAGGAAAAACGAGUGCGGGGUUACUUAAAAUCUGAAGCGAUAAGAUUAAUAGGAAAGGAUAAUGUCGUUAUACUAGACGGCAGCAAUUAUAUCAAAGGAUACCGUUACGAGUUGUAUUGCGCUUCAAAAGCUUCAAAGUCCACGCAAUGCACAAUUUACACCCUACGUAAUCACGAAGAAGCGUGGCAGGCGAACCAGAAGAGGAUUAGCACAGAUAAUAGUGACCAGUACACUGAGGAAGUCUUUAAUGCAUUAACUAGAUUGAGGUUCGAGGAACCAAAUUCCAACAAUCGAUGGGAUAGUCCACUCUUCACAGUUCUGCCAACAGACAAUAUAGAUUUAGAAAAUAUAUAUAAAGUUCUAUUUGAAAAGAAACCUCCACCACCCAAUCAAAGCACUCAAAAUCCUCCACUAUCCUCAACGAACUUCCUAUACGAAGUGGACAAAACCACUCAGGAUAUCUGCAAACAGAUACUGGAAGCAAAACAGUUGAACUUGGACGGAGAAGUCAAGUUCCCAAGUUACUCGGCUGUGCUUGAAGCGGGCUUCAUACAAGAUGUAAACCCUCAGAAGUUACUGCGACUCAGGAGACAGUUCCUCACAUAUGCCAAAAUGAAUCACUCCAGUGAAAGUGCAGAUAAAAUAGCAAGAUACUUUGUGCAGUAUUUAAAUAAAACUUUACAUGAUUGAUG